CUUGGCAAGACAAAAGUAGCAGUCACACACAAGGAUACUGUAUCCAAUGUUGCGAUCUCUCGUGCGCGGCCCUGCCGCCUCGCUCUUCCCCGCCGCCGCGAUGGCGUCCUAUUAUGCCACCUCCCAUGGCAAUGCAACUACCCGAAACGAGUCUUCUGUUGGAUUUGUGCGCCAACCUGCCCGUGCCAUCAUUGCCAACCCAGAUGCGUUUGCGGCCAAGUUGGGGCGCAUGGCCGCCGACGGCCCAUCGCAACUGCUCGUGAUUGCAGACUUUGACUACACGCUGACGCCGUACCACACUCCAACAGGCGAACACGCACACUCUUGCCAUGGAAUCAUCAGUGGUAGCGGGUUCCUUGGCCACGAGUUUCAGGCCAAGGCGAACGCGUUGUUCCAGCAGUUUUAUCCCAUUGAGAUCUCGCCACUCUUGACCCAGGACGAAAAGGAACCGCACAUGGUCCAGUGGUGGGAACGGUCGCACAAGAUCAUGGUGGACUAUGGACUGCACGCGCAUCACAUCAAGGAUGCCGUCGCCAACGCCGACAUUACAUUCCGGGACGGAUUCCAGCCAUUGUUUGCAUCGCUCGCUAAAGCCAAUGUGCCGACGUUGAUCUUUUCCGCGGGACUCGCAGAUGUGAUCCAAGCCGUGAUGAACAAGAAUUGGGGGGCUUCGUUUUGGACGCCCAAUGUGCACGUGAUUUCAAACGUGAUGGAGUUUGACCCGACCACGGGACGCCUCUUGGGGUUCCAAGAAAAGCUGAUCCAUUGCCACAACAAAAACACGGCAGUCGUGCGGGACACGCCAUUUUGGGACGAGUGCCACAGCCGCCGCAACGUGGUGCUGCUGGGGGACUCGGUAUGUCACGAUGACGUGAUCUCGAUAUAUGACGUUAUAGUAGGUUGGAGAUGUCAACAUGACGCAAGGGCUAGACGGGAAGGAAGUGCUUCGCAUUGGCUUUCUCAACGCACACAUUGAAGAACGUAUGGCCGAGUACUUGACGCUGUACGACGUGGUGAUUGUCAACGACGGCACUUUGCACUUUGCGCACCUUGUGGUUGACCUCAUCAGUCGUCAGAGUGAUGACGUGGCAGCGCCGUAAACUACUAGGAAUGUCAUCGUGACAGGGUCGUCCCGUCGGCAGGACUACACUGUACCCCAUCCACCCACCUCGCCGAUUCAGUUAUGCGAUAUAAAUAAUACUACUCGAUUAAAUGCGAAGUUACAUCGAGAUGCUCUGAACCGUACACUUGACGUAGCAUGGCCAACGUACGGUCCAGAAUCGACGUGACUUCAUGCGACGGGG